AUGGAAAUUUCCUCUGCCACUAUAGUGACAUGCACCUUUAGUGUGAUUUACUUCCUAGUGGCGUUUUUUAUCCUUCUGGGUAACAUUUCAACCAUCUUUGUGUUUUGGAAACAUCGGGGCGAGUUAAAACGAACUUCGUAUCUCCUGUUGAACUUAGCCUUCGCUGAUCUUUUAGUGGGAAUCAGCGUUUUGCAUGUUGCUGCUAACGGAAUACAACAUCUGGCUUCACACCAGCAAUCCAGGUUUCGGAAGUUCAUCAUUACCAAUGGGUUUGAUUCUUUCUCUGCAUUCGUUGCACUAAUCAGUUUACUAGCAAUGACAUUAGAACGUCUUUAUGCAAUUCGAUGGCCUUUCCGUCACCGCACGAUGAGCAUCAGAAGUUAUAUCUACAGCGUUGCAUUUGUGUGGAUACUGGCAGGAAUAAUGUUCAUUUUUGAUUUUCUCUCAGUUUUUUUCCACAAUGAAGCGAUUGGUCUUUCCAAAGCCUCUUCCAUAAUUGUGGCAUUAGUGACAUCUUUUUCCUUAGCGAUCACCUGUGCCUCGUACGUACUCAUUCGCCAACAAACGCGUCAGAAUAUUCCCGGAAUUCGAGCGCAGCAAAACAAGAAACUAACUAACACGUUGUUAAUUGUAACUGUUGUUUCUGUUUUCUGUUGGCUACCUCUAAUAAUAUAUUGUACCGCUGUAUUUGGAUGGUCUUUAAUUGAAGAUGUAGCCAGUAACCACUCAUACUACACUUUACUAAUUGUAAAAACUUUACAAUACUCGAAUUCUAUGGUAAAUCCUAUACUUUAUGCCUUUCGGUUACCCAUGUUCAAAUUAGAGCUUAAAAAAUGCUGCUCUAAGUUUUUCCCUUCGAAGGAAUUUGAUGGCAACAAAAAUCCUUAUCAAGAUAGAGUCAGAGUUUCCGCACAACGAACAAAUGUGGACAUCACUAAUUCACAUAACUAUAAUACUAAGCUAUAA